AUGAUGCGCUACGUGCUGUAUAUCCUCGCUCUCCUGCUCUCAUGUGCGUGUGUGCACGUCCUCGCUGAAGAAGUGCCUGCCGCCGAUCUUUCCGACCAAGUCCCUGAUACGGAGAGUGAGACAAAGAUUCUUCUUCAAGGUACUCCUAAUUGCAGUGGUGAUCCACCUGAAGUUCCUGAGGAAUGUAAGAAAGUUGACAAAGUUCUUCCUGUUGGUCAGUGCACUAAAGGUGAUACUCGUGGUAAAACUGUUUCUUCUGGUGAAUGUAAUACUUCUGGUGCUAAACCUGGACCUGAUGAUGGUGGUUCUGAGUGCAUUCCUGGUACUCCUGGUAAUUGUACUCUUCCUGAUGCGGAGCAUGGAAUUAAUCGUUCUAAUUGCCCUGGUGCUUCUGGAUGUGAGGAAGUUAGCCCAAAUCAUCAGCGAAUACCCGCACAUGGUGGUGAUGGUUCUUCGGAGUGCAAUUCAGGUGUUUCUGGUACCCCUGAACGUCCUUGUAUUAUUCCUACUCAUCAACAACAACAACCACCACCACAAGGAGAUCUACUUCAUAAACAACCGAAUGUAGUCCAAACACAAGGUCAGGAUAUACCCGAGGAUGCAUCAGAGCAUACCGAUGAACAGUCAGAGUUGCAAAAAGGUAGAACCUCUUUACAACCAAACUCUUCUCGUUCUUCUACAUCCUCCCCAGCUGAUAAUCGUGUGAACAAAGAUAAUGGCAGUGUACCAUCAGGAAGUGAAGGUCCAGAAAAUACGUCAACCACAGAAGGACAGGCAACGACAUCAUCUGGAGACAGUGGUUCCAACAACACUAACCUACAAACUCAGCCGGAAAGUGCAAAUGAAGGUGGUGACAGUAACUCCAGUAAUCAGACUACUGCAGCUGCAGGUACGACUGGCACAGAAGGUUCACAGCGGAAUGGCAAUGCUGAUUCAACCACCACCACCACCACCACUACCACUACCACAACACUUCCUCCUGAAUCCACAAACAACAAGAAGGGUGAUGCAGACAGCAGCAGUUCUGUGUGGGUGCGUGUACCACUACUGAUUGUGGUUACACUGGCCUGUAUUCUUGUGUGCUGA